CGGGGUAACACGUGUGUUAUCGUGAUUGGACCUUGCUAUCUGAUUGAAUAGCGGGGUUAUUGUGUCAAUCGUGCUCUUGUGCAAUGUGACAUACUCUCGAAAUCUAGGGAUAGUUUUUGUGCCAAUCCAAGCAACCUGGAUGCCUUCGCUGCGCAACCAAAUAUGACAGAGGCAACAAAAACGAAGACUCUCGCCGACAUAGGUCUUGAGACCAUGAGACUUUUCAACCAGGUCAAUUCUAUUGACCAACUUGCUGCAAAUCCAAGACACAGAGCAUGGCCCAAGGCCCAAUUUGCGGCAGAGGCCGAUCGUUUCGAGCUUUGGGCCGUGAAUCUAGGUCUUUUCGUAUCGGGGCAUGGGUCUCUGGAUUACCGUGUUAGGGAGGCAGAGAGCAUUCAACAUACGUUACAGAUGUUCAUGACAGCUCUUAAUAUUUCGUUGAUCGAAGUGCUGGAGUACGCCGCAGCGGAUAGCGACUCACCGACAACUGAGGCGCGAGGAGAUCCAACAGGCGACCCUUUGAACAUAGACUCCUCGGACGUCGAUGCAGAAUCAGAUAUAGAUUUCCUUCUGGACGAUAUAAAAGAUCCUAUUGACCGACUCUUCAAGCUGUCAAUAUGGAUCCGCAGUCCAUCAUCUAGAUUCGCGUCAUCAAAGGCGCUACGCCAUCGACAAAUCGAUCCAGAGUCUAAUGUUGACUUCCUGAAGGUUGUCGAGAAAUUUGACUACGAUUACGUUAGUUCACUAUUUUUGCAAUACCGAAAAUCAAGAGCUCGGACGGAGCAUCCAGAGGUUUGUCCGCCAGACAUGAAAUAUAGUGAUGAAAAUGUGGACGAUGUGUGGGAGCCGAUCUGGACUGUGCUGUUGCAACAUAAACUCAACCUCUUGAAGGACACCGAGUCUUUCCUUGUUCGUCGUAUAGCCUUCGCAAACGUCCGCCGAAGACAGCAAUUUUCGUACUGGAAGAAACAUCGAGGAAAGCUCAGUCAACAUUCAAAGGCAGCCACGCAGAUCAUAGAGGUACCCAAUGACAUGGCUCCAAUUCAACGCAACGUGGAUAUACCAGCCAAAGAAGCCUCGAGUUUCAUGAUACGCCCUUCUCAAUCUGUUACGACUGCUAGUCGUUUGAAAGUUCCUCAGUUGGAUGUCAGGGACGAUUUAUCUAAUGUGUCUGUUUCCGAGUAUGCUCCUUCACUCUGGCAGCCCGGCAAGGAGAUUGUGGAUUUUCCACCAGCACCACUCCUGGCGCCGAACAAAAAGUUCUUUGAAUGUCCUUACUGUUUCACACUGUGCUCAAGAAAACUCCUAAAUGAAAAAGCAUGGAAGGCUCACCUUAUUCAUGACCUACGCCCUUACAUAUGCACAUAUGAGGACUGCAGCAAUCUGGAUCAGCUGUACGACACCCGUCAAGAUUGGGUCGAACACGAGAAUUCUUCUCAUAGAAGGGCACUGUGUUGUCCAGCGCAUUCAGACCAGACUUUUUCCAAAACCGAAGAAUAUCAAGAGCACUUGCGCAACAGGCACAUCAACUAUGACGAUGAGAUCUCUAUGACCUCAAUCAGCCAUGCUAGCAUUUCAACAUUGACAUCUCCGGAUAGAUGUUGUCCGAUAUGCUCAUUAACUAUGUCUACCGCUACAGCAUUACAAGACCACAUUGCACUGCAUCUAGAGCGACUUUCAUUGUUUUCACUGCCAAGACAUGUUGGCGAGGAUGACAGUGACGUAAAUGACGCGGGUUCAGAUGAAGCUAAUUUUGCUUUUGAUGGCUCCAGAGAUGAAGACUUCGAGGAAGAUCUGGACCUCAUGCGGGAUAGCGAUAUACGACCAGAAUUGGCCUCUUGCUUCAGUUCGUUGCUGCUUACUCUCGAGGGCCAUUCGGACUGGAUUUCAUCGGUAGCCUUCUCGCCCGACGGCCGACUGCUGGCGUCGGGCUCCAACGAUAAGACCGUGCGGCUCUGGGACACGGCGACGGGCGUGCCGCUGCAGACUCUCAAGAGCCAUUCGGACUGGAUUUCCUCGGUAGCCUUCUCGCCCGACGGCCGACUGCUGGCGUCGGGCUCCAACGAUAAGACCGUGCGGCUCUGGGACACGGCGACGGGCGGCCUACGAGAGACUCUUAAGGGCCAUUCGGACUCGGUCUCCUCGGUAGCCUUCUCGCACGACGGCCGACUGCUGGCGUCGGGCUCUAGCGAUAAGACCGUGCGGCUCUGGGACACGACGACAGGCGGCCUACGAGAGACUCUUAAGGGCCAUUCGGACUCGGUCUCCUCGGUAGCGUUCUCGCACGACUGCCGGCUGCUGGCAUCUGGUUCUAUCGAUAAUACUGUGCGGCUCUGGGACCCGGUGACGGGUAACCUAAAGACUACUCUUUGGGGCUAUUCGGGUUGGACUUCCUCGGUAGCCUUCUCGCCCGACGACCGGCUGCUGGUGUCGGGGUCUAGCGAUAAGACCGUGCGGCUCUGGGACACGGCGACAGGCGGCCUACGAGUGACUCUCAAAGGCCAUUCGGACUGGAUUUCGUCGGUAGCCUUCUCGCCCGACGGCCGACUGCUGGCGUCGGGGUCCAACGAUAAGAACGUGCGCAUUUGGGACACCGCAACAGGCGUACUGCUGCAGACUCUCGAAGGCCAUUCGGAAUCGGUUUCCUCGGUAGCCUUCUCACCCGACGGCCGACUGCUGGUGUCGGGGUCCAACGAUAAGAUCGUGCGCAUGUGGGACGUAGAAACGGGCGCGCCGCUGCAGACUCUUACGGGCCAUUCGGAUCAGUAUAGUGACCAGGGAUCAGGGCUGGUGCGAGGAGAGUUAGCGGCCCAAGAGUCAGCUGACAGAGACGAGCAAGAGCAAGCUCGGCGACGGACUACCGUGGAGAGCAUUGCUAAUCAGCAUGGUGAGCCUUGAGAGUGGAGCCUAUAUAGUGGCGCUACUUGAGUUUGUGAACCCCCCCCC